AUGAAUUGGACUGGAGGCCAAUUGCAUCGUUCUGCCCGUCAGGGUACCCUGUCCAAGAACCAGCGCCAAUAUUUUGCCAAAUCCCGCCAGGUCGCCUCUCGCCAUCUCUCUUCGUUUCCCGGACUGCCCGAGUUUGCCAACACCAAAGACAUACAAAGUGCUGCCUUUACAAACAGUCAAGACGUGGUAACCGAUGGAAAGUCACAGAUGCCAGCCUUAACUCCGCCUCGAUUGCCAGGAGCCUCGACUACCACAGGGGGCACUCGGCUAGAUUCUCUGAAACGUCAGCUCCUUCAAGACCCCGACUGGGCCGCUGUCUCUGCAGCUCGUCCACUGGAGAUGACAUUCACGCCGGCCGAGGAGAUCGAGCGGUUUGGGAAGCGGCGGAAGUUAAAUGACCAUGACAGACAACGCCUGUCAGCUGCAUAUGGUCAUCAAUCCCUUUCAGAUUUUGCUACGUUAUGCCGGAAGAGCAGAGAUGCUUCCCCAAGAGACGUCCGCCUGGACCAGAUCACAAUACGUAUCGACGGGUGUCCCGCCGGCCUCCACUCGAGCAGCCAAGGAAAGAGUACGAAUGUCCCUUCAUCGCGGUCAAUGCUUCUUGAUAAUGAGACAUCUCUGAUUUCUCAUUCACCCGGCCGAGAAUCGGAGACUCUUAAACCCGAAUGUCUUUGGGUGGCCAAAUCUAGCCGUCUAUCGUUGCAACCCAGAUACAGCCGACCUAUGAUCGAGAAAUUUCUAGCUGGCAUUCGUCGAUCCCCAGUGUCUGGGGAUACAGAGCCUUUCGAUAACGUCAUUCCAGGAACUCCUGAAACGAAGAAAUUUCCAGCGAACAGUCCGCCGUAUCGCUCUCAAGUGAAAUCGGAUCGCAUUGAAUGCCAGUCUCUUAUUGCUGUUGACCAGCCACGACAGCCGCGAUAUUUUAUAAUUGAUGAUCAAAUACUUCCUGAGCCAACGGAGCAUACCGUCGCUCUAAACUGGCAUGCACCGUCUUUCAGCCCAGCGAAGACACUGAUGGCAUCACCUGCACCAUCCCGUACUGAUACUUUCUCACACCGCCAAAGAUUAAACUGGCUAUCACAGCCAGGGCAUCUCAAUGACUCGAGAAGCCCCUAUUUAGGUCGUGUUCGUGCUGCGAACCUCCCAGGGUCUAUUGCUAACCAGUCCUCGUAUCUCAACUCUACGAUAGACCCGUUCCGAGAUCCCGCUAAAGCCCACAGUCUCUCAACACCUACAGUAUUAUUUGGACAGCUUGUUCGUAAUGACAACGUGGUUGAGAAUGUGUGA